ACCCUCCGCGGGUCUCCAGGGCGUGACCACCCAGUGGGUUUUACUCUGACUUUUGAAAACCGCACCUACUGGGGUCGCCCCGGCCGCCAUCUAGUAAAAACUCGCGCCCGCUUCGGGUCGCGCUUCAGGAGCGGCCGCCUUGAACGCUGCGGAGCUCCCUCAGGACGGGGCCCCUCCCCAGCGCCCCGGAUCUGGAGCUGUGACGGUAGGGACACCCGGGACCUGAAAUCCAGGCCCUGUCGGGACUUUGGAAGACCCUGCGGAUAGCCAGAGCCCCUGCCUCAUCGCCAGUUCCAACCGCUGGGCCAGUGCUCUCUGCAGAUGUGGAAACUGAAGUUCAGUGACUGAAAUCAACUCACCUAAGCUCUCACAGCAAGUAUAAGCGGUCUUCCUGGGUCUCAGGCUCUUGCCACUGUGUUUAUUCGCUCGCUCUCAUCCGUGAAGUCAAAGCCAGCUACCUUUCUCCUUUCUACGACCUGUAGCCUUGUCGUUGGGAUUCUGCCACCAUGUUUGAGGCACGCCUAAUCCAGGGAUCAAUCCUGAAGAAGGUGCUGGAAGCACUUAAGGAUUUCAUCAAUGAGGCUUGCUGGGAUAUCAGCUCCACCGGCAUGAACCUGCAGAGCAUGGAUGCGACCCAUGUCUCCUUGGUACAGCUCACCCUGCGCCCAGAGGGCUUUGACACUUACCGCUGUGAUCGCAACCUAGCCAUAGGUGUGGACAUCACCAACAUGUCCAAAAUACUAAGGUGUGCAGGCAAUGAAGACAUCAUUACACUAAGGACUGAAAAUAAUGCAGAUACCUUGGCGCUAGUAUUUGAAGCUCCAAAUCAAGAGAAAGUUUCAGAUUACGAAAUGAAGUUAAUGGAUUUAGAUGUUGAGCAAUUUGGAAUUCCAGCACAAAAACAUAGCUGUGUAGUAAAAAUGCCUUCUGUUGAAUUCGCACGUAUAUGCCGAGAUCUCAGUCACAUUGGAGAUACUAUUGUGAUUGCCUGUGUAAACGAUGAAGUGAAGUUUUCUGUAAGUGGAGAGCUUGGAAAUGGAAAUAUUAAGUUGUCACAAACAAGAGGUAAAAAAGAGGUUGAAUCUGUUACCAUAGAGGUUAAUGAGCCGGUCCAGCUAACUUUUGCAUUGAGAUAUCUGAUCUUCUUUACACAAGCUACUCCACUCUCUCCUACAGUAACACUCGGUAUGUCUGCAGAUGUACCCCUUGCUGUAGAAUAUAAAAUUGCUGAUAUGGGCCAUAUAAAGUACUAUCUGGCUCCCAAGAUCAAGGAUGAAGAAGGACCUUAGGUAUUCUUAAAAUCCAAGAAAAUAAAGCUAAGGUGUUUGAGAACUGCUUCUGAGAUGCCAACAUUUACAUAAAUCUUCACUGUCAUCAAAUUUGUACCCCUGAGUACAAAUGUAGGUAAUAGGUUUUGUAAAUGACCUAUUUUUCCUGUUCUCUACAAUUUGAUUUAAGGUACUAAAAAUACUUCCGUUUCACCUAGCAAUACUUAUUAUGAUCUGUAUAACAAAAGGAUGUUGUCUCUAAAUUGUUUUCAAUUGAAACAAGUUACUUAAAUUGGAAAAAAAGGUAUUGAUUUUUGGAUGCUAAACCAAUUUUCCAUUUCUGGAUAAAUCCUACAUAGUCAUGGUAUGUAAUACUUUUCAUGUAUUGAUGGAUAUGUUUUGCUAGUAUUUUGUUGAGGAUUUUUUUUGUGUGUUUAUAUCCAUAAGAGAUACUAAUCUGUAGUUUUCUUACAUUUUUAUCUACUUUUGUUAUCAGAGUAAUUCUGACCUGAUAGAAUGAGUUAAGAAGUAUUCCUUUUUCUAUUUUCUUGAAAAGUUUGUGAAGAAUUGGUAUUAAUUCUUUAACUGUUUGGUAGAAUUCAUCAAUAAAACAUCUGAGCCUGUGGGUCAUUUUAAAAUUAAUAGUUAAAUUUCUUGUUGUAGGUCUAUCUAGAUUGUCUGUUUCUUCUUGAUUAAUAUGAUAAUUUCUUUCUAGGAAUUUCAUCUAAGUUGCAAUUUAUUGGUGUAUAUUUGUUGAUAGUAGUCCUUUAGAAUCCAUUUUAUUUCUGUAAGUUCAGUUAGUCAUGUACCCUCUUUCGUUUCUGGUUCUAGUAAUUUGUGUCUUAUCCCUUUUGUUCUUUACUAUUCCAACUAAAGAUUUGCCAAUUUUGCUGAUCAUCUCAAAUAACCAGCUUUUAAUUUACUGAUUUUCUCUAUUUUUCUGCUCUCUGUUUCAUUAAUUUAUACACUAAUCAUCAUUAUUUCCUUAGCUCUGAUUGCUUUAGGUUUAGUUUGCUCUCCUUUUCCAGUGCUUUAAGGUGGAAAAUUAGAUUGUUGAUUUGAGCUCUUCGUUACAAUAUAUAGGCAUUUUCAGCUAUAAAUGUCCCUCUAAACAUCCCUCUAGCUGCAUCCCAUAGUUUUGGUUUAUUAUGUUUCCAUUCUUAUGUAUUUUGAAAUAUUUUCUAACUUCCUUUGUGAUUUCUUCUUAAUUAAAAUAUUUUCUAACUUCCCUUGUGAUUUCUUGUUAGGAUCAUUUAGUUAUUUUUAAGUUGUGGCUUAAUUUCCAAAUAUUCUGUGAAUUUUCCAGGCUUUUUUGUCAUUACUACCUAAUUUCAUCUCAUAUGACUUCACUUUCAUUUUUUUAAAGAUUUUUUUCCCGGGUAAAAUAUUUUAAGUCAAUAUAUAUUUUUCUUUUUGUAUUUAAAGAUGUAGCUCCACUGACCUCCGUAUUUUUAAAACAUGUAUUUUCUCUGGCUGCU